AUGGUGAUCGUUCAUGUUGAGUCUUCGUUGGAGUUGUCGAGCAGAGGUGGCGGUGGCACGCCGGGUGGUGAUGAUCAGUUGUCCUCUCCUAAUUCAGUGUUGUCAUCGUAUCUUGAAGAGUCCAACCAGGAGACGGAUCCGAGGUCCCCUGUACAUAGUGAGGAAGAGGUUUCGGGACCGCAUUCCCUAGUCCCCAGUUAUGUUAACUUCCUGAAGAAAUUCAAUAAAAAGAGAAAAAGUUCAGAGGAGGAAAUAAUUGAGGUACAGAGCAAUUGCAGUAUGAUCUUGCAGAAGGCAUUUCCUCUAAAAGCUAAAGAUCCGGGAAGUUUCAAUAUCCCCUGCACUAUUGGGAGUCAUGAAAGAGGGAAAGCCUUAAUUGAUUUAGGGUCCAGUAUCAACUUGAUGCCCAUAUCUGUACUUAAAAAAAUUGGUGGUCUUGAAGUCAAGCCUACAAAGAGGAAGCUGCUGAAGAUAAGUUGGUGUGGACACAGAAAGGAGAACACCAAGAUUAAAGUUGGAAUUGGGUGA